AUGGCUUCGUUACAAGCAUGGGCCAGGGCCAUCACUGACACGCCCAUCAGCGGGUCUCUUUCAGACGCCUUCAGCGCCCUCUCUACCCUCUCCUCCUCACCCUCCUCUUCUAUCCACCCCAGGGCCAUCACAGACACGCCCAUCAGCGGGUUCCGGUCUCUUCCAGACGCCUUCAGCGCCCUCUCCUCCCUCACAGCGCUGACCAUCACAGACACGCCCAUCACCGGCUCUCUUCCAGAUGCCUUCAGUGCCCUCUCCUCCUUCACAGCACUCACUUACUUCCCCCUUGCCCUGCUGCCCUCCCAUCCCUCCCUCCCAUCCCUCCCUCCCAUCCCUCCCUCCCAUCCCUACCUCCCAUCCCUCCCUCUCAUCCCUCCCUCCCAUCCCUCCCUCCCGCCCCCCCCGUCCCUCCUGUCACCCCGCUUUUUCGUACUCCCUCCCCUCACCCCAAUCCGCAACACUGCCCAUUGUGGCCUUUUCUUGGCCUUGCCAAGCACCUUACUCCCCCCUUGCCCUGCCGCCCUCCUAUCCCUCCCUCCCAUCCCCCCUCUCAUCUCUCCCUCCCAUCCCUCCCUCCCUCCCCUCCCGUCCCUCCUGCCACCCCGAUUUUUCGUACUCCCUCCCCUCACCCCAAUCCGCAACACUGCCCAUUGUGGCCUUUUCUUGGCCUUGCCAAGCACCUUACUCCCCCCUUGCCCUGCUGCCCUCCCAUCCCUCCCUCCCAUACCUCCCUCCCAUCCCUCCCUCCCACCCCUCCCUCCCCUCCCCAGCACCAUACGCAACACCACCCUGGCGGGUCCUCUCCCAUCUGCACUGCAGUCUCUCUCAGCGCUUCAGUACCUCAAGAUAGGCAACUGGCACCUCAACGGGUCUAUUCCCGGUGAUAUAGGCAACCUGAAGGCGCUCACUUUCCUCGAGCUGCAAGGGGCGGAUAUGGAUGGGCCCUUUCCAGAGUCCGUCACUCAACUCACCAACCUUGAAAGCCAAUCACUGUCCCCCUCUCACUCCCUCCCUCUCCCCCCUUCCCCCUGCCUCUCCCCCCUCCAUGAGCUACAAGGGGCGAACAUGGACGGGCCCUUUCCAGACUCUGUCACCCAGCCGCACACCCAAUGCUUUGUACCUGCUCACCCCUUCCUUCCACCCCCUCUCUUCCUCCCGUUCCCCCCUCCAGUGAACUACAAGGGGCGAACAUGGACGGGCCCUUUCCAGACUCUGUCACCCAGCCGCACACCCAAUGCUUUGUACCUGCUCACCCCUUCCUUCCACCCCCUCUCUUCCUCCCGUUCCCCCCUCCAUGAGCUGCAAGGGGCGGAUAUGGAUGGGCCCUUCCCAGAGUCCGUCACUCGACUCACCAACCUUGUCACUGCCCCCCUCUCACCCCCUCCCUCUCCCCCCUUCCCCUUGCCUCUUCUCCCCCAGGGAGCUGCAAGGGGCGGACAUGGAUGGGCCCUUCCCAGAGUCCGUCACCCAACUCACCAACCUGGAACUCUUUGGGGUGCACAGGAACCGUCUGUCAGGCCGCAUCCCAUCCACUCUCGGUCGAUUGACUGCCCUCGUACGACUCGCCAACCAUCUCACCAGCACUCAGCACUGUUCCGCCAUCCCCUGCUAACCUCCUCCCCCAUCUCCACCCCCCAUCUCCACCCCCCAUCUCCACCCCCCAUCCCCUACCCCCAUCCCAUCCCCCAUCCUUCUUCCCCAAUCCUUCCACCCAUCCUCACUCUCAGUAACCUAAGCGCCAACCAUCUCACUGGCAUUGUGCCUUCAUCCUUUGCUCACCUCCUCCCCUAUCUCCACCCACCAUCCGCUCCCCCCACCCAUCCCAUCCCCCAUCCUUCUUCCCCAAUCCCUCCACCCAUCCUCACUCUCAGUAACCUAAGCGCCAACCAUCUCACUGGCAUUGUGCCUUCAUCCUUUGCUCACCUCCUCCCCUAUCUCCACCCACCAUCCGCUCCCCCCACCCAUCCCAUCCCCCAUCCUUCUUCCCCAAUCCUUCCACCCAUCCUCACUCUCAGUAACCUAAGCGCCAACCAUCUCACUGGCAUUGUGCCUUCAUCCUUUGCUCACCUCCUCCCCUAUCUCCACCCACCAUCCGCUCCCCCCACCCAUCCCAUCCCCCAUCCUUCUUCCCCAAUCCCUCCACCCAUCCUCACUCUCAGUAACCUAAGCGCCAACCAUCUCACUGGCAUUGUGCCUUCAUCCUUUGCUCACCUCCUCCCCUAUCUCCACCCACCAUCCGCUCCCCCCACCCAUCCCAUCCCCCAUCCUUCUUUCCCAAUCCCUCCACCCAUCCUCACUCUCAGUAACCUAAGCGCCAACCAUCUCACUUGCAUUGUGCCUUCAUCCUUUGCUCACCUCCUCCCCUAUCUCCGCCCACCAUCCGCUCCCCCCACCCAUCCCAUUCCCCAUCCUCUCCCUCCAUUCCCUCCACCCAUCCUCACUCUCAGUAACCUAAGCGCCAACCAUCUCACUGGCUCCGUGCCAUCAUCUCUUGCGAACCUCACUAGAGCCACCGUUCUGGACUUUUCAAAGAAUCCGCUCAAGGGCUCCCUCCCUCCUGCCUUUGGCGCAUUGAGCAGCCUUGCAAACAUGUCUCUCUAUGGCACAUGGCUUGAGUGUCCCACCAACCAACCAUGCGGGGAGGAGCAGACCCAUUGGUCUCUCUAUGGUACAUGGCUUGAGUGUCCCACCAACCAACCAUGCGGGGUGGAUCAGACUCCCCACUCGGCCUUCUGCCAGCUCUGCUCGGGCUUCUGCAGAGAGUGCAGCGCCUAUGCGGCGAUUGGAGCAGGGGCGCUUGUCAUUGCAUGUCUCGCCCUGAUUUGCAUCCUCGUUAAAGGCAGACCCGCUACAGGGCCCAACUCAGCUGGGUCUCUUGUCAUAGCCUGUCUUGCCAUCCUCGUCAAAGGCAGACCCGCUACUGGGCCCAACUCAGCUGGCCUGUUCCGGCGCUACAGCCUGAGCGAGGUGCUACAGGCGACGGACAGCUGGGCGAGCUACAACCACCUGGGCAGCGGAGGCUAUGGGGACGUCCUGAAUGAGGUGCUACAGGCGACGGACAACUGGGCGAGCUACAACCACCUGGGCAGCGGAGGCUAUGGGGACGUGUACAAGGGGGUUCCGCCCAGUGCGAGAGUGGGCGGCGGAGGGGGCGGAGUGGGCGGAAUGGGGGGAGUGGGGGGAGAUAGUGGCGAAGCAGGUGUGACAGGGGCGAGUGUGAACGUGAGAGGGAGUGGGAGGGGAAGUGGGAGGGGAAGUGUGUGGGGGAGUAAGAGAGGAGGGGGUGGAGAGGGGGAGGUGGGGAUUACAGUGGACGCGGGAGAGCCACAGGUGUGGGCGGUGAAGCGAGCCAAGAUACGCACCAACGAUUUCCACAAGGAGGUAGAGCUGAUGGCGAGCAAGCAUCACCCACAUCUCGUCCGUCUGCUGGGGUACUGCGUCACAACAGACACCAAGACUCACUCCUUACCACCUGCCCCCAAACACUCCCCCCUCUCUCCUCCCGCUCCCCUCCUUCCCCCGCUCCUCCUGCACAGCAAGCAUCACCCCCAUCUCGUCCGUCUGCUGGGGUACUGUGUUACAACAGACGCCAAGACGCACGAGCAGGAGCAGAUCAUCAUCUAUGAGUUCAUGGAGAAUGGGGAUUUGGAACGAGAGCAGCACGAGCAGGAGCAGAUCAUCAUCGACGAGUUCAUGGAGAAUGGGGACCUGGAACGAGUUUUGAGAAGUGAGUAG